GAGUUGGAGUCGCAGAAGAAGAAGAAGAGGCGUGUCUGUGACGUCACGCGCGUAACGUCCAGAAUCCACUAUGGCGGAAAGGUAGUGGCGACUCACUUUACCGGUAAACUCGACAUCGGAUAGCAGAUAUCUGCUCGAGUCACCAUUCUCCGGCUCACGCUCAAACACCCCGUCUCCUCGUGCACUCUCUCUGGUCUUCGCGGAACUAACAGAAACAUGCCUAACAUCAAGAUCUUCAGCGGCAGCUCGCACCAGGAUCUGUCUCAGAAGGUCGCGGACCGUCUCGGGCUGGAGCUGGGGAAAGUGGUGACGAAAAAGUUCAGCAACCAAGAGACGUGUGUGGAGAUCGGAGAGAGUGUCCGUGGAGAGGAUGUGUACAUCGUCCAGAGCGGCUGUGGAGAAAUCAACGAUAACCUGAUGGAGCUUCUGAUUAUGAUAAACGCCUGCAAAAUCGCAUCGGCCUCCCGAGUCACAGCGGUCAUCCCCUGCUUCCCUUACGCCCGGCAGGACAAGAAGGACAAGUCUCGGGCGCCCAUUUCUGCCAAGCUGGUGGCAAAUAUGCUGUCAGUUUCUGGUGCUGACCACAUCAUAACCAUGGACCUGCAUGCAUCUCAAAUACAGGGUUUCUUUGACAUUCCAGUGGACAACUUGUAUGCAGAGCCUGCCGUUUUGAAGUGGAUUAAGGAGAACAUCCCCGAGUGGAAGAACUGCAUCAUCGUGUCUCCUGACGCUGGAGGAGCCAAGAGGGUCACCUCCAUUGCAGACAGGCUAAAUGUUGACUUUGCCCUCAUUCACAAAGAAAGGAAGAAGGCCAACGAGGUGGACCGCAUGGUUCUGGUGGGAGAUGUGAAAGACCGGGUGGCCAUAUUGGUGGAUGAUAUGGCAGACACCUGCGGCACCGUCUGCCACGCUGUUGACAAGUUAAUAUCAGCAGGAGCGGUUAAAGUGUAUGCUAUCCUCACCCAUGGCAUCUUCUCUGGACCAGCCAUCUCACGCAUCAACAACGCCUGCUUUGAGGCUGUAGUUGUGACCAACACAAUUCCCCAGGAGGAGAAGAUGAAGCAUUGUCCCAAAAUACAGGUCAUCGACAUUUCCAUGAUCCUUGCCGAGGCCAUCCGCAGGACCCACAACGGCGAGUCAGUGUCGUAUCUCUUCAGUCACGUCCCUUUGUAACGCAACACAGCGGCCGAACCAGGAGCAUCUGAGCCAGUGUGUUCCCAGAGCGGAGGACUGCUUCAGCUUUCACAGUCUGUUCCUCUCAGCAAAUCACUGUUACAAUCUGUGACUGAACGCCAGGCGUUAGGUCAACCAGCGCUUCUCACAAGCUCAUUUAUUUAUUUGCAUCCGUUUGUAUUCAUUCCUGUGCUUGAGAAAAGUAAAGUCACAUGAUGAAGAGAUAAACAUCCUUCUUGAAGAGAAUCGGUGGACACUCUUUAUUUUGAGUUCACUAGAUUAAAGCGGUUUUAGUUUGUGCAGCUUAACAGUAGAUCCUUAACACAAAUCUGCGGUUUUAUUUCACUUUCCGGAUUUUGUUUGUCAUGGAUGUUUUUAAUGACUCUUUAUAUGAUUAUUUCUAUAAAAAAAAAAAAAUCAUUUUGGUUAGGUUAUGCCAUUCUGAUUACCCUCAGGUUCCUCCUCUGUGUGUUGAUUUCAUUGAUAUCCUUGAUUUGAAUCGUUUGUAUUUCAGAAUGCGAGGCGGAAUUUAAUAUUAAACAGCUUUGGCAUUAUUUUGUGUUCGCGUUCUUGAAACAUCUGCAGUGUUAUAGUUCAUAUAUUCUGAUUUUAAAUGCAUUCUGCUAAGAAGAGAUUUUAAUUCUUUGAAAACGAACGUUGCUUUUGUCAAGCAUCUGCUAAGAAAGUAAUUUGUGGAAGUGAAACGAACAUUAAAUAAAAAAAAUUAAACACACACAUUACUAAACAUAUAAGCUAAUAUUCAAUAAAAACAGAAAAAUAUUUUCAGCCAUACAAUGACAUGUCUUUUUGCAAAUAAUGACUUUUUAUGCAGUUAUUGUUCUAUGCGUUAUGCUAAAAGCCACAAAUAAUAUAGUCUCUUGUGUGUUAACUUGACAGACACAGAGGAGUCUGGCAACUAGACCAAAGUGUUUUCAAUAUCGCUAGGAUUUAUAAAAAUUAUGGUAACAUUUCAUGACCUUUACGUCUUUUGGAGAUCACAGAUUUCUUUGCAAACUGAUUAUGCUGAACUAUAUAAUCAACUAGAAUAAAUGUGCAUUUUUGUUCUAAAGUCUAUUCGAUUAUUUCCCGUGGCUCCCUCUGGUGGACAGCAGUGAUAUGAUCGUUCCCAGUGAAAUUCAUGAACAUAAUCUUUUCCUCAGAAGGACUUGUUUUCCAUAUGCUAUGGAAGCCCGUUU